AUGGGUAGCAACGAGAUGGUGCUCAAGACUACCGAAUUGAUUCAACAGGUGUGCGAUAGGUUGCGGGUCGCACAAAGCCAUCAAAAGAUUUAUGAUGACCGGCGUGGCUCAAAUCUUGAGUUCCAGGUGGGGGACUUCGUCUUGCUGAAAGUGUCACCAUGGAAGGGUGUCAUUCAGUUUCGGAAGAGGAGCAAGUUAGGGCCCCGAUAUAUUGGUUCGUUCAGGAUUACCGCCCAGGUGGGCAAGGUGGAUUACCGUUUGGAUCUGCCGGACGAGCUUAGCCAGUUUCACAACACCUUCCAUGUGUCUCAGCUCCGGAAGUGUGUCACUGAUGAGACUGCGUUUAUCUCCUUGGAAGACAUUAAAGUGGAUGAAAGCCUAGACUACAUUGAGAGGCUUGUUGCAGUUCCGGAUAGGAAAAUUAAGGUCCCUCGUAACAAGGAAGUAAAGCUAGUGAAGGUGCAAUAG